UACUUCCGAGGGAAGUACUCCCUCGGUGAGCCACCUGGCAUUUUUGGGGCGCCAACUCGCGGAAAGUUUCCUGUCGCGCCUUGUCAUCACUACGUCAUCUCAGAUUCGAUAUCUUUCUGGAGUGCCAGUUUUCAACAAGCCGCAAUCAUCCGUUAUGUCUUCCAACAGAAUCGGCUUACAGACACCCAGGGGGUCUGGUACAUCUGGGCACGUGCAAAAAAACAUCGCCGUAGCAAAAAUCGAGGGUUUGCGUGAAAAGCGUAAAAGGGAAGCAGCAGAGGAGCAUCGCAGAAUGGUACGGGCCAAGAUGACCGAGGCCAGAAAGGUGGCCCGGGCAGAAAUCGAAAGUCAUGACCAGAAACGGCAAAUUGAAGUGAGAUGUAUGGAACUCCGAGAAUCUCUCGAGGAUGAGGAUCUUGAGGAUGAGGAGAUAGACAAGCGAGUCGCUUUAUUCCGCAACUCUUUGUUGAUUGAACAGAAGGCCCAUGAAACGAAGGCUGUCCCAAAGGAUGAAUCUCGAAGACUGGCUAUAGAGGCAAAGGAAGAAAGUGUGAAGGGGCUCAAACAGGAAACUAAGGAUGUCUCUGCUCUUGCCGUAGUUGAAGAGCAACAUGAAACAGACUCGCGUGUCACUGACGAAGUUUGUGAGAACAAAGGCCCUGCUCCAGUCUACGACUACAUUCCACGAUACGAUGUGAGAUAAGAUUUUUCGUUGUCAACAUGGCUUUGUGGGGUUCA